GUCUUAAAAAAAAAAAUUAUAAUACCUUUUGGAAAUCACCCAGUUUUCCGUUAUCUACUAGGAUGGCUGAUGCCUGCAUAAGUGGCUUUAUUGAAAUUGACACAAACGGAUACAAUCAAGCAGUUGUAUGCUAAACAUCAUUUCAUAGAUGAUUUCAUACUACCGAUUUCCAGUUUGAAAAAAUCAGUUCAACAAUUUCAUACAAUUCUCAAUAUUUAUCCUAUUUGGGUAUGCCCAACCAUUUUGCGUCCGGGAAAAGGUCUUAUGCAUUCACCCGCAACAGUAAACAAUAUGUACAUCGAUAUUGGUUUAUAUGGUGAGCCCAAAGUCUCAAAAUAUAAUCCAACAAUUUUAAGGGACCUAGAAAUAUUUGUACUUAAAUUAAAAGGAUUUAAGAUGAUGUACGCCGGUACAUAUUUAAAUAUAGAUGAGUUCAAGACAAUGUUUGAUCAUCGACUGUAUGACCGAAUAAGACAGAAUCUACGUUGUAAAUCUAACUUUCCAGAAGUGUAUGACAAAGUAAAUAGGAAAGCCAGAAUAUAAUACAUUUUUAAUUUAUAUUAAAUUGUUUUAGAAAACCAUGUACCUUCACAUAAUAUAUUAUGAUUAUAUUUUAA